GCCUCUGCCUCAUCCCCACUACACUGCACGUCAUUAAACAUCCCAGCUCCGCCCCUUCAGACACCAACACCAUGGGUAAAAACAAAGGCAGCGGCGGCGACAAAAAGGGCAAAGACAGCGGCGGCGGCGGCGACAAGAAAGGCCUCAAGCCCGCGACGGCGAUCAACGUGCGGCAUAUUCUUUGCGAGAAACACUCCAAGAAAGAAGAAGCGCUAGAGAAACUCCGCAACGGGGCCAAGUUCGAUGAGGUCGCGCGGGAGAUGUCGGAGGAUAAGGCGCGGCAGGGUGGAUCACUGGGGUGGAAGGUCCGCGGGAGCUUGAAUGGGGACUUUGAGAAGGCGGCGUACGAGCUGGAGCCGAGUACGACGGCGAAUCCCAAGUAUGUGGAGGUGAAGACGGGAUUUGGGUAUCAUAUUAUCAUGGUUGAGGGGAGGAAGUAGACUUUAUGUGGUUGGUUGGAAUAAGGAAGAUGUCCUUGAUUGAUGAUAAGAUGAGGGGAAGGGUUUGAUACCACUGCGGUGAUGAUAUGCUGAGUGAUGGAUUGCAAGCAUAGGUCUAUGGAGAUGAUGAUUUCUAAACUUGAUAUGUACAAUCGUGAAAUGGGAACUUUGAUGGCGGAUGGACACCCCCUUCGAGCAUGAUGCUUGUGACUACU